AUGUCGACGAGAACGCCAUUGCCGACAGUGAACGAACGUGACACUGAGAAUCACUCAUCAGUGGAUGGCUUUGUCGAACCCCCUGUCCCACCAACAAAGUCCGCAAGCCGCCACAGCCUGCCGAGAUGCCGCAACUCUUUUACUUCCACAGAAGAACACCCCCACAUCGGCAACUACCGUCUCCUCAAGACCAUUGGCAAGGGGAACUUCGCCAAGGUCAAAUUGGCACGACAUGUCCUGACAGGGCGAGAGGUCGCUGUGAAGAUUAUAGACAAAACUCAGUUGAAUCCCACCAGUCUACAGAAGCUCUUCAGGGAAGUCCGAAUAAUGAAGAUACUAAAUCAUCCUAAUAUAGUGAAAUUGUUUGAAGUGAUUGAGACGGAGAAGACACUCUAUUUGGUGAUGGAGUACGCCAGUGGCGGGGAGGUGUUUGACUACCUGGUUGCCCACGGUAGGAUGAAGGAGAAGGAAGCCAGGGCCAAAUUCAGACAGAUUGUGUCUGCCGUGCAGUAUUGUCACCAGAGGAGGAUAGUGCACAGGGAUCUAAAGGCUGAGAACUUGCUGCUAGAUGCAGACAUGAACAUCAAGAUAGCUGACUUCGGCUUCAGCAAUGAGUUCACUCUGGGCAGCAAACUGGAUACCUUCUGCGGUUCCCCACCCUACGCCGCCCCAGAACUCUUCCAGGGGAAGAAGUAUGACGGGCCUGAGGUGGAUGUCUGGAGCCUCGGGGUCAUCCUCUACACACUGGUCAGCGGGUCACUGCCGUUCGACGGACAGAACCUUAAGGAGCUGAGAGAGAGAGUCCUACGGGGGAAAUAUCGUAUUCCUUUCUACAUGUCGACAGACUGUGAAAACCUACUGAAGAAAUUACUAGUGCUCAAUCCUGUCAAACGAGGCAGUUUAGAGCAAAUCAUGAAAGACCAUUGGAUGAACGUGGGUCAUGAGGAGGAGGAGCUAAAACCUUACAUCGAGCCUGAGACAGACUUCAAUGACUCAUCCAGAAUAGAACUCAUGGUUACGAUGGGUUUCCCUAAAGAUGAGAUCACAGAAUCUCUGCUUGGCCAGAAGUAUGAUGAUGUUAUGGCCACCUACCUACUACUGGGAAGGAAAGCUCCAGAGUUUGAGGGGAGUGAACCUCUGGCUAACAGUGCCCUGGGUCAGCGGCAGCGGCCCAACAGUGACAUCAACAAUAGCUCCAGCAUAUCUCCGGCCCAUCCCAAAGUCACGCGCAGCAUCUCGGCCAAUCAGAAGCAACGGCGCUACAGUGAUCAUGGUGGGGAUGAUGAUGGUGAAGGUGGUCAUGUCGUAGAGAAGCCAAUUGGUCCAUCUGUUCCCCCUGCGGUGUCAUACUCAAAACGUGGCCAGGCCCUGAGUGUGGAGAGUGACCACAGGGAGGAAUGGGAUGGAGCUCGCAGACUGGAGCUCAGUACUUCUAAGGGCGAUGUCCCUGCCUCACCACUAGGGGUGCAGGAGAGGAAAAAGACCACCAGUACUGUAGGGACAAAUGGAUCAAUGACUCGUAGGAACACCUACGUGUGUGAGCGAUCCUCUACCGACCGCUACUCAGCUAUUCCAAAUGGCAAGGACAGCAGUCUAACGGAGGUGUCAGGGAGCACCCCAUCAACAGCGAUGAGCUCCACACGACCUCGCCACACCAAGUCCAUGUCCUCAUCAGGACACCCCUCAAAGAGCACACUGCCCCCCAUCGAUGACAACACGGAGCUAAAAGCCAGCUCCUCUCCACGUGGUCCGUCUACCUCUCCAUCAGCCCACAGCAUCAGCACUCCAGAGAAGAACCGCUUCCCCCGCGGGACCACCAGCCGCAGCACCUUCCACGGGGCUCAGCUCCGAGACCGCCGCAGUGCCACUUACAACGGCCCGCCAGCCUCGCCCACAUUAUCCCACGAUACAGGGGCCCUGGCCCAACAACGCAGGGGCACCUCAACUGGAAUCAUAAGCAAGAUCACCUCCAAGUUUGUGCGCAGAGCUAUGUCUUUCAGGUCAGCCCGGAGGGUGCCUAGCGAGGGAGAGGCCAGUGCCAGGACAGAAACAUCGAGGAGCGGGUCAGGGGACGCUAAGGAGGAAGGGGUCCGGGACUCCAAGCCCCGCUCGCUUCGUUUCACCUGGAGCAUGAAGACCACCUCUUCCAUGGACCCCGCCGAGAUGAUGAGGGAGAUCAGGAAGGUUCUGGAUGCCAACAGCUGUGACUACGAGCAGCGCGAACGCUUCCUGCUUUUCUGCGUCCACGGCGACGCUCGUCAGGACAACCUGGUCCAGUGGGAGAUGGAGGUGUGCAAGCUGCCCCGCCUUUCACUCAACGGCGUGCGCUUCAAGAGAAUAUCAGGAACCUCCAUCGCCUUUAAGAAUAUUGCCUGCAAAAUCGCCAACGAGCUCAAACUGUGACAGAGGGAUGGGGA